AUGCCAAGUCAGUAUAUUUUGGUUAAAGAUGUUGUCCCUCUAAAUAGAGAGAGGGCCAUUCGAGUUAGGUGUGUUAGAGUUUAUGAAAUACCUGAAAGGAGAGGUUCGAAUCAGAUGAAGAGUAGAGAGGUUGUGGUAUGCGAUGAAGAGGGAACAUUUAUUCAUGUCAAGGCAAUCAAAUCCAGAGGGUUUCUUACCAACAUGUUUCAGCUUAAACCCUAUCAAUGUCUGAAAGAUUCAACUUUAGUGAAUGACAAAGUCAUGUUUGAUGUAAUAGGCAGAGUCAUAGAGAUUCAUGCUCCAUUAGACAAAAUAAUAGGGGGGAAACCAGCAAAACUAAUAGAUUUCAAGAUAGCAGACAAUGAGGGAAAUCAGUUGAAAUGCACUGUUUGGGAUAACCAUGUAGCUUCCAUGCUACCAUUCUACAAUUCAUAUCUGAAAGAACCAGUUGUUGUGGUUAUUCAGCUAUGUAGGGAAAAAAUUGUAAAUGGUGAAGUCAGGAUCACAAGUUCCUAUGAUGCUACCAAGCUGUACUUGAAUUCCUCUUAUCAGGAAGUUGAAGAUUUCAAAUCCAAGAUAACAACUGUUCAUAGUCCUUUAAGAAGUAUUAGCACAAGUGCAGUUAUGUCCCAGUCCACUGGGAUUUCAGAAUUCAGGCGUGGUGCUCUGACUGUCACCUCAGUUGGUGAUUUAUUGAAAAACAAACAGGAUGGAGAUUUUUAUGUUCCUGCACAAAUUGUAGGAAUUGAAGGUUCAUUUGGCUGGAUGUACAUAUCUUGCAUGGCAUCAGGUUGCAACAGAAAACUAAAACCAGAAGGUGAGGAUCUAAUUUGUUCUAAUUGUGAUAAAAAGUUCAAGGAAGGAAUGACAAGAUAUAGGGUAAUUGUUAGGGUUAUGGAUCAAGGAUUAUCAGAUGCUCCCUUCCUUUUAUGGGAUAGGGAGUGUUCAGACUUGGUAGGAAUCCCUGCAAACCUCCUCUACAAGAAAUAUAACAAGGUUUCAGAUAUUCCCAAAGAGUUGGAAACACUAAUUGGAAUGUCAAUGAUAUUUAAGAUAACAUUGAAAAUCAACCUGAUGAGGGGAGCCAAUCCAUCUUAUACUGUGAUGAGACUGUUGAGGGAUGAACUAUUGGUUUCUACCUACUGUUCAAAGCUGAAAGACAACCAAGAGAAGGAUCUUAUAUCUAAGAUGAUUGAUGAGGAUGAAGAGGAGGAUGAUGAAUCUGACCAAGAAGCAUCCAAUGGUGAUAAUGAGGUCAACAACCCAAUUAGUGUUCAGCAAACUCAGAGCCCUGUGGCUGAUUUGGAGGACUGUACUGUGGUUAAGAGAUCACUCCUUGAUGAGUUCUCUUCUUCUGGCAAGGUUGAAUAUCAAGAACCAGCAAUGAAGGCUAUCAGUUUUCAAGGCAUCAGCUAA